UACCCCCCAUAUUUUAUUCACGUUGGCACCCCUGGGAGAGUGAAGAAGACACCAAGCAACUCUGCAAGAACCUCAGUCUGCUCUCCAGAGGGGGCCACGCGUUGGAAUCUUGAAAGAAAACUUAAUGCAUAGGUAUUUUCAGCUGCUGGCUGACUGCUCUGGAGGUGGUGGACUGAAAUAGCAGCGCGGCUACUCCAAAAGCGGGCAGAGCAUUUACGGAAGGCACAGGAAUAAACUAGAGAAGAUGUCUGUGAUCAGCGCCCUGCCGUUUCUUAAGCCCAUCCACCUCAAACCUCCGCGGAGCUCCCCUGGGCGCCAACGCAGGCACACUCUGCCUGCCAGUGAGUUCCGGUGCCUCACCCCCGAGGAUGCCAUCAGUGUGUUCGAAAUAGAGAGAGAAGCAUUCAUUUCAGUGUCGGGAGACUGCCCCCUCCACCUAGAUGAGAUUCGCCACUUUCUGAACUUGUGUCCGGAGCUGUCGCUCGGCUGGUUUGAAGAAGGCCGACUUGUUGCUUUCAUUAUUGGCUCUCUCUGGGAUCAGGAACGACUCAGCCAGGAUGCUCUGACCCUGCACAAGCCUCAUGGCUCUACAGUCCACAUCCAUAUUCUGGCAGUCCACCGCACCUUCCGCCAGCAAGGCAAGGGCUCCAUCUUGAUGUGGCGCUACCUGCAGUACCUGUGCUGCCUGCCGUACGUGCGUCGAGCCACACUGAUGUGUGAGGAUUUUCUAAUCCCCUUCUACUCCAAGUGUGGCUUCAAGGCAUUGGGCCCCUGUGAGAUCACGGUGGGCUCUCUGAACUUCAUUGAGAUGGACUAUGCCGUUCGUGGCCAUGCCUUUAUGCGCAGAAACAGUGGUUGCUGAGGAGGUGCCUCCCAUUCCCAUCCACUUCUGGUUGGUGUUCUUAGAGGUGGAGAAGCCCAGUUUCCCAGUGAUUCCCACCAAUGGGUCAGGGGAGUCAGAUGGGUGGGUCACAAAGUUGCCAAGUUCUCUUCUCUGGGAUAAGGAACUUCCACAUCAGUGGUGAAUUAGGCAAGUGAGCCUACACACACAUAUUAGUUACUGAUGGGUCCCUUUUUAAGAAGUUUGAGAACCACUGCAAUACACAGAUUGAUAUGUUCACAAUGAAUUAACCCAAGCAACUCCUAUCAUAGCCAUUGCUGCAAAGGCAACACAAAUCUUAAUGCAUAGUAGCAUUUUAGUAGCCAGUAAUAGGUGUCGUAGCAUUGUACCCUCACAACUGCCUUUAAAACUGGUAGCUAAAAUGUAGCCCAGUUGUCCUCUCAUUUGUCUCUUAGCUGAAUUUGUGCCCUGCAGCAUUGAUCAUUGUAUACAUGGGGCAAUGAAAGGCAGUAACUGCUCCUUCCUCAAUUUAGCUAUGAAGAUGACAACAGCAUGACAUGGUGAAGUUGUAGCUGCUAAGCAUUAUUCUCAUCAACUGAGGGAACAAUUAAGUGACUGCUGUCGCCAGUACAAUAUAGGUCUGCAGGUUAGAAUUUGGCAAUUUUCAGAGUAAACAUUGACUGUCAACGAGGGCCCCAGCUGCCUUUCUGCCUUAUGACAUUGGUUACCAUCACCCAACAAAAUGGUGUCAGAAGACAAAUGCUGCAUCUAUAACUAUGAAGCAAGUAACAAUAUUGGCAUGUACAAAUGCUUUCAGAAAUCAAGCUUUCUGUUCUCAAAAGUGUGGUUUCUGUUGUAGCAGGCUGCUUGCUUUUUUGGCCCUAUACCACCUCCUGGGGCUAACAGAGCAAUUAGGAAAAACAUUACCUGAGAAGUAGAAUCAUUCAGUUACACCUGCCAUUUUGCGGAAUUACUGUUUGCCUUUGGAAAGGAGCAGCCGUCGCUGACGAGAUUGUUCUCUCUUUGCCUGCAGUGGAGAAACUCCAUGUCUUCUUACACUGGCUGCUCUGUUGUUGUGAAAUGCAUGGAAUCUGUGCUUGUAUAUUCUGUAAAAAAUAUGUAUAUAAAUGUGGUCUAUGUGCUAAAA